AUGUACUGUAGCAUUUGCUAUGGGGAACCUUGAACCUUGUUCGGUUAAUUAACACAAACAUGUAUUAAUUCGUAUCGUGAUCUAAUUUUUUUUUUUUUCGUGAAUAUUCGAAGAUUUUCGUUUCUGCUAAAUAUAUGAAACGGUAUUUUCAAGAUACACAAGUUUUUCUGUUAUCAAUAGUCACGUAUUCAUUAAUGGUAUUGUAAAUGUAAUUGUAAUUAAUUGAACCGGUUUUUAGUUGCAUAUUUAUUAUAAUAUUGUUAAUUUAUUAUUAUUUAGUAACUACGUCCGCGUUAUUUCUUAAUCCAUAAAUUAUUUAUACUCCAUGUAUAUUGAAACGAAUAAUUGUAUAUUAUUGAAUAGAGUUUUAAUAUUAAGUUUAUAUUAAUUCGGUACUUAAUUAAUGCUUCAAAUACGAAAAAAUAUGUUUCUUGUUUGCGUAACUGUGGGGCUCGUCCUCUUAGCUUCGAAGUAUCGUAAUAACGUGCUUCGAGGUGUCAAAAAAAUAUAUUCCAGUAUAAAACGUAGAAAUAAUAAGUCGAACAAUAAUGAUAAAAAAGAAAUUAAAAUUGAAUUAAGUCAAAUUAUAUUAGCUGACUCUUUAGAAAAAAGCGAUUACGCUGUACAACGUAUUUGUUGCAAUUUGUCUGAUGGUAUAUUAGGUUUUGAUUGUGAAUGGGUAAACGAAGGUCCCGUGUCUUUACUCCAACUUGCUACACAUAAUGGAGUAUGUGCCUUAUUUCGUAUUAAUAAAAUUGGAUUCAUUCCUCCAAAAUUACAGGAAUUGCUGGCUAGUAAACGUAUACUUAAGGUUGGUGUAGCACCAUUUGAAGAUGGACAGAAAAUAAUAAAAGAUCAUGGAUGUGCAGUUUUAGGCACUCUUGAUUUAAGAAAAUUAGCAGAGAGCUUUCAACUUCCUACUCCUAAAAGUUUGGCAGCAAUGUGUCUAGAAUAUCUUGGUACAAAAAUAGAGAAAUUAAUAGAAGUGAGAUGUGGUGAUUGGGAUGCGGACACUCUUUCUGACGAUCAAGUAGCUUAUGCUGCUUGUGAUGCCAUGGCAUCAGCUCUUAUUUAUCAUCAGAUAAUGCGAGAAGCUAAAGAAAAAUUAUCAUUAGUGGAGAGAUUUGUAAUAUAUUUAUGGAAAAUUUGGUUUAAAGAUGAUGCCAUGAAAUUUCAUGGUUUACCUGCGGGAUUAAUCGAUAUGAGGUUCAAGGGUCACAGAACAAAUAUAACUUACAAUAAUAAUAACAAUAAUAUCAAUAAUAAAUAUCACAAGAAUGUUAUAAAUACUAUUGUAACUAAAGAAGGAUUACAUUUAAAUACAAAUAUACAUGAAAGUAACAUACCUAUAAGGAAAAAACCAUUAUAUCAUAAUUGCUAUUUACAAGCACCAGAUGGAGAUAUAUUGUGUACAUGUGACCGUAAAAAAGCAGAGUGGUAUAUAAAGAAAAAUUUAGCAGAUGUUGUUGAAGAACAACCCUUCACAGUAAGAUUGAAAUUUGAACCAUCAGGACGUGCAUUGGGAGAAGUUGGUCAAUAUUAUACACAAGUUAAAAUUAAUCAAUGUGUUGUUUGUGGUGCUUCAGAAAACUUUAUUCGAAAAAAUGUAGUACCUAGAGAAUAUCGUAAAUAUUUUCCAUUGGUAAUGAAAGCUCAUCAAUCUCACGAUGUAUUAUUAUUAUGUCCAACAUGUCAUGAGAAUAGCAAAAGUCACGAUCUGCAGCUCAGAAGAAAGCUUGCAGAAAUGUGCAAUGCACCUUUAGCAGGUCCACUUACUCAUACAAAUUGGAGGAGACUACAUUGUGCUAUUAAAGCUUUGCGUAACGAACCAAUGUUACCACCUCAACGACAACAAGAACUUACAAAUAUUAUCUUAGAAUAUGCAGGACAACAAGAAAUUACUCCAAAUCUGCUCAAUUUAUUAGAUGAAGAAUUGAAAAAUGCUCUAUCUUCAUCGCUUAAUCAAUCAAAACAACAACCACAUGGCUUAAAAGUAGUUCAAUGGUUUGAAGGAAAAGAAGGCGGUCUUGUAGAAUUGGAAAGAAUUUGGAGAGAACAUUUCCUGGCCACCAUGAAGCCACAAUAUUUACCAAAUCUGUGGUCAGUAAGGCAUAACCAAGAACGACUAACUAUUCGUCAAACACAAAACAGAAUAGAUCCCCAAGAUGCAAAGGUAGCAGGAUUAAUAUAUUAAGGUUUUACAAAUGUACCUGAAAGUAUUCGUAUAAGAGCGAGUACUUAUAUCCAAAAGACUAUCAAGAAAGCAAUAUAUCUCUUGAAUAUAAAUUAUUUCAUAGAAAGUUCUAAAUACUGUUUAACUAUAAAUAGGUAGAAUUUUACUUUUUUAAUGCUCACUAAAUUUAACGAUGGUGUAUUUUUAUGAAAAACACCAUGAUUUUUGAAGUAUUUGUAUAUUCAUAAAUUAUUUAUAUAGAUAUCCAUAAAAAAAUAAGGCUUUCAUUAAAAAGUAUUCAUGUAUGUAUCAUGUAAAAUAGAAUAACCUUUUAUAAUUUCAAUAUAAACGAUUACAAUUAUUUAAAAGGUAAUAUCUUUUGCAUGACAAACAAAAAAUAAGUAGUACUAUGUUUAUCCAUUUCAAAUAAUUGCAGAGUUUGUAGUAUUUAUUAAUAGUACUAUAUAGCAUAUUAUGUACAGUUUCCUAGAAUUCAGCAGAAGAAUUUAUACUUAUAGGUAAGUAUACUAGAACGUUUUAGAAGCUUCUUGCUUAGUUGAAUUUAUAUUUGGAGGUGGUGGUUGAUAUUUCAUUUCUUCGUCGAUGCGUUCUUUUGCUCUGACGACUUUAGAUUGUAAAUAAAAUGACCCACCUUUGGAUCUGUCAUUUGCCUCCAUCAAAUAUUUAUAAUUUUGUUCAAUUAACUCCGUUUGAUCGGGUCGUUCUACGUUAAGAAUACGUAGCGCCUCGUUUAAAGUCAUGCCUGUACGUAGGUUAGUGGCUGCAUGUCGUGCACCUUUUUCACCUCCACCUGCUCUGCGUGCAGCCUCUUGACUUGCUGCUAAUUCUUGACGUAUCGCACGUGCAAAAGCUUUACCGAUAACUUGCGUUCCAGUUAUAAUAAUUUGUAUUAAAUAUUUAGCCAUCGUCUCUCUGCAUGCAACUAAUUACAAAACUGACUCAAUCCUAAAAGUCAAACCAUUUCCCCUAGAAUUAGUGGCGCUGCUUACAUAUGAUACCGGAAGCACGUGUUUCGAGUCAAGAAAAAAGAUUACUAGAGAAAUUUGUGAAACGAAGAACAUUGAAAAUGUGAUCAUCGAUAUUUUUUAAGUAAGAAAUUUAAAUUUAAUUUGUAGCUAGCAUGUUUCUCUAUUAUAACUAUCAAAUAUAUGUAUUUACAUUCGGUAUAUCCGCUUUGAAAUGAACAAAGCAGGAAAAGAAACAAUUGAAUAUCGCGUUAACGUUAUUAUAUUUAUAUAUACGAAGUCGAGAAAGGUACAAAUUGUAAAAUCAUACAAAUAAAUUUACAAUAAGGAGUAGCCAAUUGGCAAUAAAAUAAUUCAUAUGAAAUCGAAAAUUUAUAUUAUAUUUCGCGUCGUAAAUCGAUAAAGUUUCGAGUAUAUCGCGUUUUGUUAUCGAUAGUAAGCUUGUACAGACUAUCGAUAAAUUAUCGAAAUCUAACGUUACCCCUCGUUUAACGAUACUCGGUGAUAUAUAAUUUGCGCGUUGAAUUUUCAAGUUCCUUAACCUUUUGAAUUAAUUAUAAAAAUCGUUAAACAGUAUUAUUCAAUCAUUAUUAAUAAAUAGAGAUCCUAAACACUCUAUUUUUAUCGAACAUAUAUAAUAAUAAGAUUUCAGACCUGUGAGUAUAUCUAAGUGUUCACUUUGUUGGUAGCUUCUCUUUUAUGUCAACAUAAUUGACUGCCGACUGGAUACGCGUCCUAUGUUAAGAUAAAACUUGUUGAAUAAUUUAUACGAUUAAAUAAUCAU